AUGGACUCCACAAUAGGGAAGAAUGGUUUCACUCGCGAAGACAGAGAUUCAUGCCGGCAUUUCUAUAGAGAUUUUACCAACAAGGAAUAUCAUUUGUUGGUUGCUUCUCUAUGGCAUGGACUUUUCUUCCCCUCAAUCAAAUCUACAACACUACAAAGCUCCCUUAACACCUGCCAGCGUUCAUUACCUGGCAAAGUGCAAAUUAAUGAGAAAGACGGUGCGCAGAUAGAUAGCAAAGGUGUUCUUCGACUGCUAGAGGCAGCCGGGUAUUAUGGCGCUCGGAAUGUCCUUCUUCAAUUAGAGAAAGUCCUCACAUCGGAUUUUGAUAAUUUGAAGAAUCCAUCUUCGGCUUUGGUCACUAAUAUCAAAUCCAGUGUUGAAGAAAAUAAUGAUAUUGAUGGGAAGAAGGAAGUAAAUGUUGAUAUCGAUGAAGCACACAAAUUUACUUCAUCUUUACAGCAAUGUUUCUGUAUGUGUGCUGCUGAAUACAUAAUUCUCAAUUCUGGCCCUCUUUUAGUUUCCUCGCUGGAAAAAGAGAAUGACCCUCCAACUAAUUUUACCCCUCUUCAGACUGUUCUUCAGAUGGCUUUGGAUAGGCAUCUGCGAUAUCAACAACAAUGCCAAUCUCUUUCACCUGAAUAUACCGAUGAACUUUCUAAGUGGUUCUCAGAAAUCGCACAUGUUAUCAUCGGUAAGGAAGAAGGUAAUCUGGGGGUAAACAAAGCGAUAAAUCCUAUUGGAACAAUCCCUCGUUUGUUUAAGCUGAGUGCCAUUAAAGAGGAUGGAGCUUCUUCCAUGAAGACACAUGCCUCAGACGUCGGGGUUACAUUUCAAGGGCAACAAUGUUUACCCCAUAUAUUCCACAUCUCCAUGCUAUACGGUGCGCUUUGCAUUUCCUCUAGCUACACUGCUGUUCGGCCGCUUGCAGUGUUGCUUACGGCUUAUAUUUAUCAAGACUGCUCUUCUAUGAAACAACUACUGUCGAGCACUACCCAUCACACUGAUUUGACAACAACACUUUGCACAGGAGAUGUUGAUAAUGAUUUUUCAUCCCUAUUGGCACUCACUCGCUUACGUGGAGUGAUCUCGGGAAUAUUGGAGUACACACUACGCUUUCAGGAUGCUGAUCCUAUUGCUGUGCGCCAUGCUCUUGAUCGCCUUAUGGGAGAAAAGAAAAACGAUUCUGGUGAUGCGACUUUGUUAGAAGGGAUUGCUUCUGAACCCGGGAAAUCAUCAGGCCUCCUCCAAUCGGCCGUAAUUCUUUUUAUGCAACUUAUUCAAGAAACUGUAGAAUGGACUACAGCGCGGCGUGCUUUAGGGACGCACAGCGUUCCUGAGCACGGUCUUGAUGAAAAGACAUCACCACUGGCAACUGGCGACGCCGAGCCCGUAAUGGCGGCAAAGGAAAUCGUUCACGCGAUUCAGGAGUUGCUCUUUACGGUUGUUCUGGGUGCGGGGACGCGGCACAUGCCCAAACGCCCAUCGGUAUCCACAGCGGUGAAACCACCACAAGCGAACAAAUCCACCCAUACGACGAGGGGCAAACCAAAGCCCUUUCCGGCGAUUGCCGAUCACUGGAUGGUGACGACACGGCGUGCGCUCACACUCGGCGAGGCGGACGCCCUCUCUGAGGAGCUGUUUCCUGCCGUAUUGCAGCAACUAGGUUGGGAGUGGCCCUGGUCCGAGCUGCUCCGUCAGUGCCGCAUGCUUGACAAGCAACAGCAGGCCCCACUUUUCCCAUUAGUGGCUUGGGGUAGUCACCAGCUCUUCGAUACCGUCUUCAUGCAAGUCGCGCAGCGCACGUACCCGAAGCGUCUGCAGAAUGUCCUGCCCAGAAGCUUUGACAGGACGUUGGAGGCGUUGCACGUGCUUGCGGCCGCCCCCGCGUCGACCUCCAAUGGUGACGUCAAUGCUAAGGAGGGCACGGCCGGCGAGGGGCUCCGCUCCCCCCAGCUAUUCCCCAUGCCAUCCUACUACGCAGGCGCGGGCGACGCCGUGGUGAGCUACCUCCAACUCUCCGGGAUCUCCGGGGUGAGGGCAGCGGAGGUGGAGCGCGUGCUCUCUCAGACAACCAGCACCUUGCCCAUAAUUGUUCAGCUCCGGGCCCUUGCUCCUCCCACCACCUCCCGGAAGGACCGCGGGGGGUGCGAGGACAGCAACCAACAGGCAGACAAUGAGGAAAGUGCAAUGCAGGAUGGACAAGGUGAGCGCUACCUACUCACAGCGGAACGUGUGGUAGAGCUGGAAGCCCGGUACUGUGCCGAAGUGCUUCUCGCUUCACUAGUUGUAUACACACAACUCAGCCUACCCAGCCAAGUCCAAAACCUCAUGCGGAUUUUUGCACCACUUUUUGACAAGCUGUCCUCCUUAUGUUCCAGGAGCUACUCUUCCUUUACAUCAUACCUUAUCGUUCCCUCAACUACUAACAACACCUUGUUUCACACGAAUGAAAACAAUAAUGCUGACUCAGCAUCUGUUUUCGGCCUGACCUUUGCCAAGGAGGCGGAGCAUCUGAUCAACGCGAUUGGUUACCAAUUUUAUCCCCUGGAGUGGAUGCCCGCGGUGGCGGCCGCGUAUUACAAUUCCAUGAGUACCACUUCUUCGGAAAGAAAUAAUAAUAGUAGCAACACGAACCAAUGUAUUACUUCUUCAGCACUGCCCUACUCCAUGUUUGCCGCUGUUGCGCACCAAUUCGGCACUAACUUCAACAUCGCACUAGGAAGCAGCGGUAUGCCCUCACAGAGACAUCCUGCUGGUGCCUCUUCCACUCUUGUGGUACCAUCCUUCAUGACCUCUAAAAGCACUGGAGCUGUUUAUUUUGACAACAAUAUCCGUUCAAACAUAUCAGACCAUAAUGUAAACAGGAUAGUACACUGGAAGCGUGCCGAGCUUUUCUUACAAGUUCUCUUGUUAGACUGCUUUUUAUUCAGCAGAAGCUCUUCCUGUGAAUUAGAAGGCACUAUGGCCGUGGCCGCAACGCGACGCGUUCACACCUCGACUGGAAGUACGGUUUCUGGCCACGAGAGCCCCCUCUUGAGGGCAACUGGAAACCUUCAGCCUGGUCUUUUGGAGGCGUUUUGGACUCAAAAAGCCAUCUCUUACCCUCUACUAGGCAAGGCUGAGGUCAAAAGUGAGGAUGUUGUACCAAGCAAUUCGAAUAGAACUAAUGACAAUUCCUCACUGAAGCGAACUCGUCAGGAAAGGUCGCAAGUACCUUUUCCUGCAAGAAGAAACAGUGAAGCUAUAAAAACAUUGGUGGAUGUACUAUCCAACUAUGGUGCUGCUUCUUUUUCAACCACAAUUGAAUCUAAGGAUAUCAUUUUGGUUUUGAUGCAAUCCUUUCUUCCCUGCACAACAUUGGUGAAAAAUGGAGGUGAUAAAGAUACUAUUUUAAAAGUUCAUUCUAAAACGACCUCCUCACAGCUUCUGAGACAAGCAUCUGCAUGGGCCCAGGAGAUGAUCAGCUCACAAGCCGAUCAUUCACGAAUGCAAGUGCUACUCCGACAAAAGUUGCAAAGCUCUCAGACUUCAUUCCCUGUAUCAUCGCACCAGAUUCAUAGCAUUUACCAUACAGUGUUCAACAGCUGUACCUGGGAUUCAUGUAGCCUUGCACGCCGUAUAUUUCGGAAAAUACCAUCCCGUAUGCUCGAGAAAACCAAGCUUCGGUGUUCAAUUAUGGAUCAAUUAACAAAGUGGCGCGAUGUUUGUCUUCAGGCAAAUCCCGAUUCAAAUGCAACUUCAGAUCUUAAGACCCCAUCACAAAUCAAAGAGCGUGAAAGCGAAUGCAUUAACGCCGAUGUGGAUCCCCUUUUGCGAUAUCAGUGGCUACAGUGGAAGAGUAUUUUAGACAAGCUCAACUGGAAAACUCGAGGGACUGGUGCUGAGUUUAUACAAGAUUCUUCUAUACACCAUGCAGAGGUCCCUGCUCUAAGUACUGCUCAAUGGUUAUGGUAUUCUCCAUAUUUUACACAAUCGCUGUGA